GAUAAAUUGAUUUUUAUCGCCAUAUUCGCACUGUUCCUUGUGAUUUUUUGAAUUUUCAAGUGCUGUUAAGAUGAAAACAAAAGAAGAAGAGAACCGAAUCAUGUUCGAAUGCCUAGCGCCAAAGUCAGUCAGUGUCCUGAACUUUGAGGGAACUGACUUUGUUAGAAGAAACCCGGAUUCUAUGUUUUGUCACAUUAGAUUCACAAGACCAAUGGUGGAAGGUGACAAUCUUGAGCUGAAGGUUGUCUUCCACGACACGCCAAUGUUUGACGGUCAGUGCCUUCUUUCAAUCACUCCUCCGGAACUACAAGACUACAGAGCAAAGGUGAUAGUUGACGAAAACCCCUACAUAAUCGACCCAACAACCGCUUGGAUCAGCUACAUGAAAGAUGAUGAUUGCAGAAAGGUUAUGAGAUUUGGGAUGAUGUUCACCAAAGGAGCUCUCAACCUUCGACUACCAGGAGACACCGAGUUCUUCACUUUUUAUCAUGUGCCAAGAGACUGUAAUAACAUUUGCGUGGACUUGUUCUUCUGCAAUUGUAUCAAAGCAGUAGCUCUCCGGGAUCCAGACUUUUCUAUGGAGAUUCAUAGCUCUGCACCCAAGAUAUAUAGAAAUCAAUCUCUAGUCAUAAUUCCUUGAAUAUAGUAAAAUAAAUCGUCCAGAAUGUCGAAA